AAGAAGAGGAGGAAGAGGAUGAUGCAUGUUUUCGAGUGAAAGAGGAGGAGGGGGAGAUGACUGUCACAUUGAAAAAAGAGGAGGAAACUGGAUAUCUGGGCUCGGUUUCCCAAAGGCAUGUUAAGGCAUCCAAUGGUUCUAAAGUUGAACGGGCCCUGAUUAAUACUAGAGAGAGACGGGACUAUUGUGGAUCCUCUGGGGAGUCGACAGGAGAGAGAUGUGAGUAUCCUGGGUCCUCUGGGGUGUCUCAACAACAACAACAUGAUGCUGAAGAGGCAGAGAAGAGUCUCUUCAGAUCAGAACACCUCAAGAAACAGCAGCAGAGACCCACAUUGACAAAUCCUUACUGCUGCUCUGACUGUGAGAAGAAUUGCAAAUCUUCAUCAGAACUUAAAAUACACCAGAGAAUCCACACAGGAGAAAAGCCGUACCACUGCUCUCAUUGUGGAAUGAGUUUCUCUAGAUCAUAUUCAUUGAAAACACACCUGCUAAUUCACACAGGAGAGAAAUCUCAUAGCUGUACUCAAUGUGGAAAGAGUUUUACUACAUCUUCCAAUCUGACUAAACACCAGAAAACACACACAACAGAGAAACCUUAUAGCUGCGAUCAAUGUGGGAAGAGUUAUGUUACAUCUAGCUAUCUGACUUUACACCAGAGAACACACACAGGAGAGAAAUCUUACAGCUGUGAUAAAUGUGAUAAGAGUUAUGUUACAUCUAGCUCUCUGACAGUACACCAGAGAACACACACAGGAGAGAAACCAUUUAGCUGUAAUCAAUGUGGGAAGAGUUUUACUACAUCUAGCUCUCUGAAGGUACACAAGAGAACACACACAGGAGAGAAACCCUGUAGCUGUACCCAAUGUGGAAAGAGUUUUACUCGGUCAAGCUCACUGCAAAUGCACCAGAGAAUACACACAGGUGAGAAACCAUAUAGCUGUAAUCAAUGUGGGAAGAGUUUUACUCAGCCAAAUGGACUGAUAUUACACCAGCGCACACACACAGGAGAGAAACCGUAUAGUUGUACUCAAUGUGGGAAGAGUUUUAUACAGGCAAGCUGCCUGAAAGUACACCUGAGAACGCACACAGGAGAGAAAUCUUAACACUGCUCUGACUUCGACAAGAGUUUUGUUAGCUUAAGUGAUUUAAAAUCUCACUAGAGAACACAUACACAGGAGAGAACCCUUAUAGCUGUGAUCAAUGUGAUAAAUGAUACUUUGAUAAAAGAUCUCUGAUCAGACAUCAGAAAAUACAUACAUGAAAGAGUUGUUUUAAUAAUGUCACAAUGUAGAACCUAAACGUUUGUCCUCUGUUCUAUUGAUUUCAGCGUGAUAUGGAUAUUAGCCUCACGGAAAAAUCCAGGCUCUGAAUUGAAAGAGUACUAUUUAUGUGAUUUAACAAAAAGUGACUAACACAAAAAUAGUUGUUACACUUACCACGUUGGUGACCCACUUGAAUCAAAAUGCAACACUUCAAAAUGUACAGUUGAAGUCGGAAGUUUACAUACACCUUAGCCAAAUACAUUUAAACUCAGUUUUUCACAAU